UUUUGCCAAUACAUUUGUGCCGUGUGUCAUACCAAUAGAGCAAUUAUUGAUUUGAAUUCAAGUGAAUUAACACACACACACACACACACACACACACACACACUCUCUCUCUCUCUCUCUCUCUCUCUCUCUCUCUGUUGACAGUGUCACGUGCUCUGUCUCCAUGGCAGCGCUCCGGAAGUGAGGAUGCGGUGUUUAUGAUGAUGAUGCUGCGGGAAUCAGGCGCCGCUGCUGCUGCUGCAGGUCUCCGCUGAGCUCCGGUGAUCACCGAUAAUAAUCAUCAUAAUCUCAGUAUCAUCAUCAUCAUCAUCCUCAUCAUCUUCAUCACAGUGGCCGUGAUGAGCGUCUCCACCUUCCAGAAGCUGACGGUGGCCUCCUGCGUGCUGCUGUGCGUCGCGCUGCUGCUGCCGAAGAUGCUGCUGUCCCGCGGACACCGGGAGCCGGACGGGCCCGCAGGUCAUUUCCCGCCGGUGCCGCAGCGAGGGCCGCUGUCUGAUGAGCGCCGCAGCCGUCAGUCCUCCAGAACACACACCACUGAAGCCAUCGCGCGCGCUCGAGGAGCCGGAGCCGGAGCCGCUGGGAAGAGCAACCUGGCCGGACAGAUCAUCCCCAUCUACGGCUUCGGCAUCCUGCUCUACAUACUGUACAUACUGUUCAAGAUCACGGCUAAAGGCAGGUCCUCCACUCCUCCAGAGAGCAGACUCAGAGCGCUCCGAGCAGAAAACACCAAGAGGAAGAUCACUGAUUUCGAGUUGGCUCAGCUGCAGGACCGACUGAACGAGACGAAGGACAUGAUCGAGAGAAUCAUCUCUGCGGCCAGCGUCGGCUCAGACAGUGCUGCAGUGCCGCUGGACGAGGAGCAGAAUCUGCUGUUCCAGCUGCAGGAGAUCACGCGUGUGAUGCAGGAGGGCAGACUGGUGGACACGGCAGAUCCUCCUGACCGCCUGAAGGAGCACUUCUGCUGUGUCCACCCGCCUGACACACACACACCGAUGGAGGAGAACGACAGCGUAAACACUGCAGCGCAGGACACCUCCAUCAGCCAAUCACAGCCGCUGACGGACACUCAGACAGGAAGUGACAUCACAGGACUCAGACGGAGAAACAAACUGUAGCGUCUGCAUGAGGAGCGUGAGCUGUAGAUCAGGGGUGUCCAGACUCUGUCCUGGAGGGCCGGGGUCCUGCACGGAGUGUAGCUCCAGCCCCAGUCAGACACACCUGGGCCAGCUGAUCACGCUCUUACUGGGCUUUCCAGAAACAUCCGUGCAGGUGUGUGUUGAGGCGAGCUGGAGCUAAGAUCUGCAGGACACCGGCCCUCCAGGACCCAGUUAGGACAGCCCUGCUGUAAAUGCUGGAGGUGUGUGAAGGUCAGCAGGGGCUGCACACGCACACACACACACACCUCUGCUCUCUCCAUCUUCAUGUGUUCAUCAUCUCCUCUGUCAGGUGUGUGAAGGCUCUGCAGUCUCUCCAUCACUCCUCUAACUCUGAUCACUGAUGAUUCCUGAUUAAUUGAUCAUCGCCUCACACACUGCAUGAGUGUUUACCAGCACUGCUGUAAUGAUCACUGAGAAACAUCACACACACACGCACGCACACACACACACACACGCACACACUCCUGAUCAGCACUCCUCUGUCUGUGGACACACACCAUGGCUUAUGAAGCUGGAGAGCACUGGUUUAUGAAGUUCAUCUGUUCUCUGAGAUCUUCACAGCUUCAGUGCAUUAAACCAUCUCCUCAUCUCCUCAUCUCCUGACAUCUCCUCAUCUCCUGACAUCUCCUCAUCUCCUCAUUACUGCAGAAAACACCCAGAAUCAGAUGAUCCGUAACUGACCAUAUUUAGAUCGGUCAUGAAUAUUAAUGAGGUCUGCUCUGAUGCAGCUCUCUCUCACACACACACACACACACACACAGAGCACGAUGUACGCUGAAUACAGACGUAUACACUGCUCAAAUAAGCAAGACGAAGGCAUUGACGCUAUGGACUGGCCCACCUGUUCCCCAGAGCUAAAUCCAGUUGAGCACAUCUGGGACAUGAUGUCUCACUCCAUUCACCAAAGCCACGUUGCACCACAGACUGUCCAGGAGUUGGUGGAUGCUUCAGUCCAGGUCUAGGAGGAGAUCCCUCAGGAGACCAUCCUCCACCUCAUCAGGAUCAUGGAGGUCCUACAGGCAUGCGGAGGCCACACACACUCUGCUGAGCCUCAUUCUGGUGUGUUUAUGGACGGUCCAUCACAGUUGAAUCAGCCUGUCGUGUUUCUCUCUAAACCCAGAGCUGCAUGGGUUAAUACAUUUGAUUUCCACUGAUGGUUUCUGUGUGCUUUUGUUGUCAAAGUAUUGAAGAAUAUUUGACUGAUUCAGAUGGAGGAUGUGUUCUAUUAGUGUUCCCAGUGUAUAAACAUCUGUUGUGGAUCACAGCUAAAUCAUAAUUACUCUUAACAAGACACCACAGAGCUUUAAUAUGACUAUAUGAAGAUUAAUAUUAGCCUCUAAUCAGUUGAGCUGAUGAUCCGACACUGUUCAGCAUCUACAUGUGUUUGUUACGCUUCACAAUAAACACUAUAAAUAAACAAACACAGUUAAACACAC